AUGCUUGAUGAGAUGGAUGAGGAAUUCGGGGUAAAUACCAUCAUAGCGGACGAAAAAGCGAAACAAGUCAAAAAGCGAAAUGUCAAAAGUAGUGGAACGGGUGGUUUGGUUGUUGGGCAUUCAAAAGAAGCGUUCGCAGGUUUUAAAGACCAUAUACUCGUCCUUGAGGAUAAAGGAGUUCUCGAUGAAGGAGAAGAAGUACUUGUUGAUCCUAAUCUCAAAGAUAGCGAAAGAUACGCUCGGAAUGUCGAGCUCAAAAAGCGAAAGGAGCUUAUGAAAGGCUUUGACGAUGUGGACGAGUUUGGGAAUCCCAAAUCUUAUGGUGUUUUACCGAAAUAUGAUGAGGAGCUUGAAGGUAUCAAAAAGGAGAAGUUUCGGCUUGAUGAACGUGGAGGUUACGAUUUGGAGAAGGAUGAAAGAGAUAACCGAAUGCGAAAGGAAUUAGAAAUAGCCGGCAAAACGCUGGUCAGUUUGGAUAUGGACAAGUUCCAAGUCGGUAGCGAAUUUUAUACAAAGGUAGAUUCUUUUUUUUUCGUAUAAAU